AUGAUUUCAAUUAACGAAUUUUUUAUUAAACAGGUUGCUCAGCCAAGAAAUGAUUACAAGGAACUUCUCGACUUAUCAUUGAUUUUUCUUGAUGGUCUCCCAGAAGGUACAGCAAGUUUUAAAUGCCCAGGAUUAAUGCAUCAUACACGAUGGAUGGCUAAAGCGAUUUACAGCUUAAAAAUCUUCAUGUUCAGAGAUCAAUUUUCAUUUUCUAAACGAGAAAUUGAUAGCUUGCGUCAAAUAUGUACUUUUAUUAUUUUAAUUUACUUCAAAGUAUGGUUUACUUGUUCUGUGGCAAUCCAAGCGCCGAAUAAUGAUCUGCAAUUGUUGAAGAAGUUACUUUCUUGCCCAGAAAUUCAAUUGCCAAUGCUACAAAAAGCUUUAAAAAAUUUAAGUGCUCAUCUAUGGUACUUGGAUGAAGAACUAGCAGCACUCGCAUUAUUUGAUAACAAUGUCUCAGAUGAAAUGAAAAGAAAAAUGUGUAGAGCGAUCAGUCAAAAUGAGCAGAGUAACAUUAUCAGAGAGAAACGAUACGUCGCUAGAAAACUUGAUUUAAUGUCAUUUUCAAACAAAGAUUUGAGUGAAUUUUUUUUGAAAAAUUCACUCAAACUUUUCGAAACGUUUGAUUUACCAUGUGAUUUUCUAGAAGUAGAUGUAUCGCUGUGGCCUAACAAUGAAAGUUAUAAAGAUAAUUUGGAUUUUUUUAAACAACUUUCUGUGGUUAAUGAUGUAGCAGAACGUGGUAUCGCUUUGAUUGAAGAUUACAACAACUGUUUAACCAAGAACGAAGAACAAUAA